UUUGCCCCAAAUCACAUGACGAGAGUAGACAAAACUGACAACAAUAAUAUUUUUUAUGACAUUUGGAUUCGGAGAAGUGGACUUAGUCAUCAAUAAGAUCACUAACUAGUCUCCAAAAAUUCUGUAGGGUUUUACUGCAAUUUUAAAUUUCAUCCGUCUGCUAUCAUAUCUUAAAAAUUGAUAUAAGAAUGUAGAAUGUCUGCGAAAUCAGGAAACUUGACGGAUCUUGAGCUGAAGGAAGAGGAAAACGCUGCGAGAAAAAGUCACGGACUUUUGGAUGAUGACGAGGCUGCAGCUCUUGGAACGGCUGUGCUCAACAUUUAUGAACCUUCUUUGACAAAGGUCAGGCAGCAGCUUGCAGAGGCCAGCACCAAACAGCACUUGUUAAUCGAGCAGCUUCAAUGCGAGAAUGAAAGAUUGGAACUCGGUCAAAGCGAAUAUAAUUUGCAAGAAACUUUUGCGAAAGUUAAAGUUUACCAUGCCAAGUUGGUGAGCAUCAAAAAAGACAUGGCAAUGCUGCAUGAAAAGUCAACCAAGCUGAAGAAACGAGCCAAUCGACUACAGGAGCAUUGCCAAAAACAAGCCCUUCAAAAGGAACUAGAUAAGGACCGGCAAAUGCAACGGGAGCUAAAACUGGUCGAGGACACAACCAAGUGAUUCACCGAGGUGCUUUGUUAAUUAAUAAUAUAUUUUUGUUGAUCUGCUAUUUUCACAUUCCAAAAAAAUGACACAUUUCAAGGCUGAACAACACUCUUGGAGUGCUGACAAAUUCGUGCUCUAAUUAUUGUUAAUACAUAAUAAAUUUUAUCAAGCGCUAGCAAUAAAUUUUUAAUGAAAUAAAAAAUACAUAAAAUA